AUGAACUUUGUCGUUAGUUUGGUAACAAUCCUUUUGGCUGCGGUUUUUCAUCUCUCCAUUGUAAAGGGUGCCAGCAUUAAGGCGAUGGACAAAAGCAAAAAUGAAGUGGUCCAGUUCAUGGAGGUUUUGAUGAAGAGCGAGUGCAAACCCCGGGACACGCUGGUGGACGUGUACUCGGAGUAUCCAGAGCACACAGAGUACAUCUACAUCCCGUCGUGUGUGGUGCUGUCCCGCUGCGGAGGCUGCUGCCAGGACGAGAGCACUGAGUGUGUGCCCACAGAGACCCGCAACGUCACGCUGGAGGUCAUGAGGUCGAGGCCAUUGGUAUCGCAACUCAAACUACCACUAAAAUUCACGGAGCAUACGCGAUGUGUAUGCAGGGAAAAGGCGAUCUUAACAGCAGCAAAGAAACAAUACCAGUGUGCGCCUUGCUCCGAGCGGAGGAAGCGCCUGUUCAUUCAGGACCCUCUCACCUGCUCAUGCUCCUGCAAAUACUCUCGCUUAGACUGCACGGCCCGAAAGCUCGAGCUAAACGAGCGAACCUGCAGAUGUGAGCGGCCGCGGAGGUGA